AUGGAACCUCAUUUGUACUACGCGAUCGCUCUGCUCGGCGCUACUGCAACAGUUUAUAAGGUUUUCUUAUAUCCCGCAUUUUUCUCGCCUCUUUCAAAAAUCCCGAAUGCACACUGGUGUUGCAGUUUCUGUCCCAUCUGGAUUUUCUGGAUGAAAUGGACGAAGCAAGAGAACAACCGCAUCUACGAACUUCAUAUGGCCAAGGGCCCCGCCAUUCGUCUUGCCCCCAACUUGGUGAGUGUGAACUGUUACGAGGAUGGUUUGAAGCGAAUCUAUCAUGGAGGAUUUCCGAAGCCAGAGUUUUAUUUCAACGGAUUUGCUGUUUAUGGUACCGACAAUCUAUUUACCAUCAAGGACAAUCAAACCCAUGCCGCGCAUAAAAAAGCCCUGUCGAGCUGCUUCACAAAGUCGUCUGUCAUGUCCUCCCAAACUGCCCGUGGCGCAUCACGAGACAUCUUAUUCAAUCGUGUUCUUCCCAUUAUACAUAAAGCCUCCGUGGAAGACAAGCCAAUCGAAGUCAUGGAUCUUACCUACGCGUACCUCCUAGACACUUUUGUCCAGUGGCAGUUUGGCCGAUCGAUAGCCAGUAAUUUGGUCGAAAACGAAAAAGAAAGGAGAUUCUACUUUGACGGGUUCCUUGGUGUGGCUGAAUACACAUUUUGGCAAUACAACUUCCCUCGUCUGGUUUCCAUGUUCCAGAAGAUUGGGAUCUAUCUCAUUCCCAAGAGUGUCCUGACUGCUUUUGAAGGUGUUGAGAGUUGGAAUUUGGAGAAAUGCGAUCAAGCGCAACAACUCUUGGCCAGUGGAAAGGAGCUUUCAGUCGAUGAUCAACCAGUUGCAUUCGAACCUGCACUGAAAGGGAUGAGUGAGGUUCACGCAAAGCCAAAAAUGUACCCCAAGAGGCUUCCACUGGCAAGUGACAUGUUUUCUUUGAAUUCUGGUGCAUUCGAGACCAGCGGCAACACCUCCACCUACUUGCUCUAUGAGUUGAGCCGACACCCAGAGUGGCAGGCUAAGCUUCGUGAAGAACUGCUUGGUCUUGAUAUGCCCUUGAGGCAUGUGCCCGGAAAAACUGUUGAAGUUGAAGACAUCACGAACCCUCAGGAUAUCGACAAGCUGCCAAUCCUACACGCUGUUCUAAUGGAAACCCUUCGAAUUUGGCCCUCGGUGCCUGGUGGUCAGCCCCGAGUCGUCCCGCGGCCUUGCACCUUGGGAGGCUACCACAAUAUUCCGGCUGGAACGACUGUGCAAUCUUAUGCAUCUGUUCUCCACCGGAUGCCAGAUAUAUUCCCUGAACCCUUGACAUGGAAACCAGAGAGAUGGCUUGAUUCAUCGCCAGAACAGUUGACUCUUAUGCGAAAAUGGUUCUGGGGGUUCGGCAGUGGUGGAAGGAUGUGUCUUGGGAUUCAUUUCGCCUAUUACUCGAUAAAAUAUUUCUUCGCAAGCAUUUAUUCCAAUUAUACUACCAGUAUUCACGACCACGGAGAUAUGGAAGCAAGUGACGGUUAUCUUGCGGGGCCAAAGGGGCAUCGUUUGGAACUUAAGUUCCAUCUCUUGGAGUGA